CGAAGAGGAACGCGCGCGAUUGUUUGUUACGUGUGAUUUCAGUUGCUACGUUAUAUCGACGGAAAUAUCAGAUUUCAAAAUGCAACGGGCAAUCUGCAUUGCGUUUUUGGCUUUAAUCGCUCUGGCUUCGGCUUAUCCACAGAAGGAAGGAGGUGUCUACACCAACGAGGCCAUCCGCCAAGCUCAGAACACCUUCCUCAUUCCUAAAGAUGCCCAGAUCCAAAAGGUCCAAGAGGGAAUUGAGAUCGGAGCCUACGAGGGAAUUCCCGGAAACCAGAAGAUAAACUUGUUCGAGAUCCUGGGAGAUCAAUUCCCAGCUGAGGUCGUCAACAACUUGCAGCAGCAGGUCGAUCAGGUCGGAAACCACUGAGCUUCUCCCACCUUUUUUUUGACGAAGAAAACACAAAACGUGAUAUUACUUCCCAUUUCCUCUACUUCUUCGCUCUCUUCAACACUGAUUUCAUUUCAUACUUCAACCUACGCACUUUUCUCUCCACAACAACAAAAAACACAAUUCUUUCAACUCUCUCUCUCAUCUUUAUUCUAGUCGCACCAAAUUUCGAUAUUUUCUCUAUCUCUGUCCCUGUCUUCCAACUGUCUCACUCUCUCUCUCUUUUUUGCACAACGAUAAAAAUAAAAUGAUAAAAAAAGCUUGAUAUUCUUCCUCGUCAAGUGCCAACUAUGUUUCAA